AUGCUGAGAAGAGCAACAACGACAGAGAGAGAACAAUCCAGUGAAAGAGAGAGAGGUGUUUCUUCAUUUCUAAAUGACAGCACCCAUUCCUCAGCCAGUCUGAAAAGGCUGAUGUUGGACAUGGAGGAAAGGAAUGAAACGGCUGUGUCUGAGUUCAUCCUUCUGGGAUUUCCCAGUCUUGGUAAGAAACUGAAGAUUUUCCUGUUCCUAAUUCUUCUCCUCACCUACCUGAUCACAGUGACGGGCAACGUGGUCAUCAUUUUCAUAGUGUGGGUGGAUCGCCGACUCCACUCUCCCAUGUACUUUUUCAUCGCCAAUUUGUCCUUCUUGGAAAUCUGGUUCACCUCGGUCACAAGCCCUAAGCUGAUGCUGAACAUUCUCUCAGUUAGCAGAACCAUUUCAUUCCACGGCUGCAUGGCCCAGACCUUCUUCUAUUUUGCUUUAGGGAUUACAGAGUUCUGCCUCCUUGUGAUCAUGUCCUUUGAUCGCUAUGUUGCCAUCUGCCGCCCUUUGCAAUAUGCCACCAUCAUGAAGCAGAGACUCUGCAUCCAACUAGUGCUUGGCUCAUGGGUGGGGAGUUUCACAGUUAUAAGUUUACGGAUGCGCCUGAUGUCAAAGCUGAGAUUCUGUGGGCCGAAUGUGAUCAAUCAUUUCUUCUGUGACAAUUCUCCCCUCUUCCAACUCUCCUGCACUGACACCAGUGGGGUUAAGAGGAUGGACUCCAUUUUGAUCUCAACUUUAGUACUGACUUCAUUAUGUUUAACAAUGUUGUCUUACAUGAGCAUCUUUUUCUCUAUUCUACAAAUGCCAACAGCCACAGGCAGACAGAAAGCUUUUGCUACCUGUGGUUCCCAUCUCACAGCUUUGACAAUUGCCUAUGGAAGCUGCAUUGUUUUGUAUACCAGGCCUUUGGGAAAUUCCUCCUUGGAUGUCAACAAAGGGGUGGCUCUGCUGAACACCAUAGUGUACCCUUUCCUCAACCCCUUUAUCUACAGCCUCAGAAACAAGACUGUGAAACUUGCCCUGAGAGAAACCUUUAGUCGUAGUACUGUAAUGUUAUUCCCCAAUCUGUGCCAUGCUUCUGGAUAG